ACUGUGGUAUGCUGGAGUGUCGUAUCAAGGGAUGGGGCUCCGUUAUGAAAUUCCGACUAUAGGUUGUUGGAGAGUUUUAUUUACAGACCAAAUGCAAAAUGAUAUGGGAUUAGAUGAGAGGGAACCACUGCAGUGAAAGGUCAUGGAUUCCCCUAUCCUUCUUCUACUAGCCCUCCUGGUCGCCCUGGUCCAAUGUUUUCCUGAUGACUACCACAGUCACAACAGCACCCGUCACCAUGACUACUGUGUGCUUGGAGCUGGGCCCGCUGGCCUUCAGAUGGGUCACUUUCUCUCCAAGAGUCAGAGAGAUUACAUCAUCUUGGAGAGGAACUCGGGGCCAGGGAGCUUCUUCAAUAUAUACCCUCGACACAGGAAACUCAUCAGCAUCAACAAGAUCUACACAGGAAGGCGGAACCGCGAGUUCAACCUUCGUCACGAUUGGAACUCCCUCCUGAGUGACAGGCCCGACCUGCUGCUUCAGCGAGUCAGCCGGGAGCUCUACCCAGACGCAGACUCAUUCCCCCGCUACCUCUCCAUGUAUGUGAAGGAGCUGGGGCUGAAGGUCCAGUAUGGGGUGGACAUCGGGAAGAUCAGGGCCUCAGAGUCUGAAUCACCUAGAGGCAGGGGAUACAUACUGACUGACCAGCAUGGACUGGACUAUACAUGCAGAGUCCUCCUGGUGUCCACAGGACUGUGGGAUCCUCAGAAGGUCCAGUUUGAGGGCUCAGACCUGGUGGAGGGCUAUGAGUCCAUCCCUGUGGACCCAGAGGAGUAUAAGGACCAGGCCGUGCUGAUCCUGGGUAAGGGGAACUCAGCAUUUGAAACAGCUCAGAGCAUCCUGGGUCGGGCCAGCCGGAUCCAUCUCUACAGCCCGAGCCCGGUCCGCCUAGCCUGGCAGACACACUACGUCGGAGACCUCAGAGCUGUGAACAAUGAGCUGCUAGACACGUACCAGCUAAAGUCCCUUGAUGGGCUGGUGGAGGGAGGCCUUGAGGACAUUGCUAUCGUCAGAAAUGGAGAGGAUGAAAAGAAGCGCUCAGGCAGAAAGAAGAAGUGCAGAUCCAGUGGGAAGGAAAAGCGUGGCAAGUUGUUCCUUACUCUAGCUGAGCUACUGGACAGUUCGGAUGGGAAGAACAGUUCAAAGGUCACAGCGACAAACCUACCUGUGUACCACAAUGACAACUUCUCUCUCCGCCAGCCAUAUGAUCGUGUGAUCCGCUGCCUGGGGUUCCGGUUCAACUUCAGCAUCUUUGAUGGCUCUGCCCGCCCACCAAGCAGUGAGGGUGCCAGGGGGCGGUUGCCAGGGGUGACAGCCUGGUACGAGGGGCGGGGAACCCCAGACCUUUUUGUUCUGGGGACGGCUGCCCACUCAAGAGACUAUCGCUCUUCUGCAGGGGGGUUCAUCCAUGGCUUCCGAUACACAGUGCGUGCUGUACAUAGAGUCCUUGAGCUGCGUUACCAUAACAACUCCUGGCCAGCAAUCAAACUGUCAAUCAGUCAGCUGCAGUCCUGGCUGUUGAGGAGGGUCAAUGAGGCCUCCGGACCGUACCAAAUGUUUGGGGUACUUGGAGACAUCAUUUUACUAAGAGGCUCUCACUGUGAGUAUCUGGAGGAGUUUCCCCUCCAGGCCCUGCCCCAGUUCUCUUCUCUGUCUGGCCACCAGCUCUCCAAGCAUGGGCUGCUGGUUCUGGUUCUACAGUACGGGCUGAACCGCACAGACUCACUGGGCCCUGGGAGGGCAGAGUCAGAGUGGACCCGUGCCUGGAGGUCCAACUUCCUCCACCCUGUUCUAUAUUACUACGACAAACUUCCCACUAAGAGGGACAUGAGACACCGUCCUGUUGGCUGGCCACUGCCACGGCCCAAGGCAGUGCAUCACAUGAUCGAGGACUUCUUGACUGAGUGGGAUGGGCCCAUCUCUCACAGCCAGCCACUGCGGCGCUUCCUGGAACACUGUCUCCACACUGACCUCAGGGCCUUCUAUGCAGAGUCAUGUUUCCGCUUUUCCCUUACCAAUCGAAAGCCACCCCUGUUUUGUCGUCAGGGAUACCUGAGGAAGCAUGGGGUUGUUAGGAAUAGUCAGCUGUGGCAGCAUGCCCAUGAAGCUGGGCUAAUGCUUGGAGGACAGGACUCUGCAUCCCCAGACACAGACCCAGCGUUCCCUGAUUACCUUACACGAGCUGGAGCCUCAGUGUCCUCUGCAAUAAACCUUGACUUCUGAUUGUUUACCCAAGGAUCCCAAAACUAAGCCUAUGACAGUUUUGAUGUCCCAAGACAUUCUCUACCUCUCAUUAUAAUGUCUAUGAAUAUAUACAGUAUAUACAGAGUCUACAAAACAUUAAGAACACCUUCCUAAUAUUGAGUUGCACCCCCCUCCCUCUUUUGCCCCCAGAACAGCCUCAAUUUUUCGGGGCAUGGACUCUACAAGGUGUCAAAAGUGUUCCACAGGGAUGCUGGCCCAUGUUGACUCCAAUGCUUCCCCCAGUUGUGUCAAGUUGGCUAGAUAUCUUUUGGGUGGUGGACCAUUCUUGAUACACACAGGAAACUGUUGAGUGUGAAAAACCCAGCAGUGUUGCAGUUAUUGACACAAACCGGUGUGUCUGGCACCUACUACCAUACCCAGUUCAAAGGAACUUAAAUAUUUUGUCUUGCCCAUUCACCCUCUCAAUGGCACACACACAAUCCAUGUCUCAAUGCUUAAAAAUCCUCCUCCCCUUCAUCUACACCGAUUAAAGUGGGUUUAACAAGUGACACCAAUAAGUGUGUCAUGGAAAGAGCAGGUGUUCUUAAAGUUGUGUACACUCAGUUUGUAUAUACAGUACCAGUCAAAAGUUUGGACACACCUACUCAUUCACACCUACUCAUUCUUUAUUUUUACUGUUUUCUAAAUUGUAGAAUAAUAGUGAAGACAUCAAAACUAUGAAAUAACACAUAUGGAAUCAUGUAAUAAUCAAAAAAGUGUUAAACAAAUCUAAAUAUAUUUUACAUUUGAGAUUCUUCAAAGUAGCCACCCUUUGCCUUGAUGACAGCUUUGCACACUCUUGGCAUCCUCCCAACCAGCUUCAUGAGGUAGUCACCGGAAUGCAUUAUUCUGCAAUGUAGAAAAUAGUAAAAUAAAGAAAAACACUUCAAUGAGUAGGUGUGUCCAAACUUUGACAGUAUAUUCCAAAUAUUUUUGAUUGAACAACCAUCCUGAUUCCUCUGAGAGUUGACAGCUUAUCCCAUUUUAUUCCUUAAAUCAUAUUUAUAUAUUACACUAAAUUGUGGAAUGUUUUAGAUUUAGAUUUGAAUGUGUGUACAAACAGUAUGGGUGAUGUUGGGUUUUCAUUACAUGGUCAUCUAUGAAUUAUGCAUUAUUUAUUUUUUAUACUAUUUGUGUAGGCCUACUACUGUUAUUUAUCUGCUUACUUUAUUUUAUGUUGCAACAGAUAUAGGACAUUAAAGAGAGAGAACAUAAAACUCA